ACGUACCAGGCCCCGCCGCCACCUUCCGCGCGAGCAAGGGCGAGGCGCUUCGGAUCCCCCUGAGCAAGACCUCCGGGAUGCCCUCGCGUGUGUUCCUGAAGAAGUUCCCCCCGAGCUGGCCGACGGACGCGCCCAACUGGACUCUGCCCCUGACGUUCGCCUCCGCGCAGCCGUACCACAAGGCCAUCUACAACGCCGGGAGCUCGCAGGACGGGAAGAUCGACCACGUCCAUACCCAGGGAGCCUACUUCGAGAUCAUGGUAAGAGACUGCCCGGCCCAGAAGUACGGUCCAGACUGUUCCUCCGACUGUCCCGUCUGUCACAACGGCGGCGUAUGUGACUCGCACACUGGCACCUGUGUCUGCCCUCCUGGGUACUAUGGAACCAGCUGCCAGCAUGCAUGUCUACCUGGAUGGUUCGGAGCAUCAUGUCAGCUGCCGUGUCGACGUGACUUGAUUGGUUUCCAAGUUCCUGAAGAAGGGAAAUGCUCGGGAUUGACCUUCUGUGUCCCUGCCCCCUAUGGCUGCUCCUGCGCGCCUGGUUACAAAGGGCCUGCCUGCGACGAAGAGUGCGACGCCGGGACCUACGGAGUCAACUGCCAGGGGCGCUGCGAUGGCUGUGCCGCCGGGUGCCACCCUGUUACUGGCACCUGCAGCAGCUGUACGCCAGGGUCAUCGUGCACCGCCCGACCCCCUGCCCCCACGGACCUCGAAGCCGUGGUCGGUCGCGACAGCCUGAACGUCACGUGGCGGGGGAGCGGCGACCGGGGGAGCGUGUACUUCGUCAGCCACCAGAAAGUGAGCUGCGCGAUCCUCAACAAGCAAGAGGCAGAGAAGCAAGAGGUCCGGACGGCAGCCGGAGUGGAACUGACGGACCUGCAACUUUUCACUCGCUACAACGUGUGUGUUGUGGCCAGCCACGGGCCGGACGGGGGGCACAGCCAGCCCGCCUGCAUCCAACCCUUCACAGCUCCCGGAGUCUCCAGUUUCACGUGCACCGGCUACGUAGACUCGGCCACCUGCUACGUCACUCUGGCUGGGACCUGCGCGAAAAUUUCAGAGACGGACUUCACGAUUAACGUCACUGUCGAGGCUUACCUGGCGUGCAACCAAUCCCUCGUCGUCCAUAGCGCCGUCGUUCCCAAUAGUUCAGGUGCAAGAAAGGAAGUAACCCUGAAGAACGUCUUACCAGACCAGCUGUACAACGCCUCUGUCGUGGUCACCACUUCAGCCAACCAGAUCGUGGCUGAGGACCGGGCCACCUUCACAACACGUCCUGGCAGAGCAGCGUCCACACUGGACGUGAUCUCAGCCGUCGCCCAAUUUCAAAGACCGUCUGCCUGGCAUCUUAGACCUGAAGCCAAAAGGUUUUACGUAACACGGUUCACGUAAACUGCCAGGGAGGCAAACGGACACUGCACCUCGCCCAAGGGUGGCCCGGAGGGAGCUGUUCUCAGUGGAAGCCUCACUCAGCCGGAUGUAGUCUAGCCUCACACCCAGG